AUGGCUCCCUCUGUGAACAACUCCCUCAGACCGCAGCUCGCGCCCCCACCUUACACUUCAACCGCCAUGAAUGUCCCCAACAUCCCUAUUUCUGCUCCUCUAAAAGUUGCUGCGUGCAGCGGAGGUGGCAUCUCGAACACUUCGCUGCCACACAUCUCUCAAGCUCCUAAUAUAGUCGCUUCGUCCAGCCCUGCUGUUAUUGACAGCAGCAACUUGAGCCUCCAGUCUUCCUCGCCAUGUACCUCCACAAUGACCAGCUCUUCUUCUGUCCUUGCUGCCACUAGUGGAUCAGCUACUCUUCCUGAUGACAAAAGUAAAGUCAUGAACUUCAUCAAGCAAGAACCUAUGGAUAUGGACGUCAAAAAGGAGCCCUCGUCAUCUGAGGGCGCUGAUGUCAAAGUCAAGAUGGAGAUCAAGACCGAAGUUAAAGAUGAGCCGACUUCACCUGAGAGCGACUUCUAA